AUUUAGUCAAAAAAAAGUGGCUAAAACUUGAAAAGUCAGACAAUUGGAAAGGGUUAGACCGCAAAAAAUCCAAGUAUUAUUUCUUUUUUCUUUGUAACCGGCUCUUAUUUUGAAGUUCACCGGAAGUUGCAGCGGGCAGGGAAGUAGACUCCGUUCUUCUUUGUAAUAAACGACGGGCACCUUAAACGUCCAAACAGAUCCACUCCACGGAGACGUUACCGACUCCACUCGUUUCAGAGCCUGUCGGGGCUCGGUUGGUUCCGUCAGGAGGGGUUUCAGUCCGGUCCGGUUUCCCUCUCGAGCGCUGAGAUGUCCGUGUUAACCAGCAGGGCUCUGCACGAGCAGCUGACCGUCAUCAUGGGCGCGUUAACCAAAGCGGCGGUGGCGGAGAUUUGCGAGGUGGUGGACGAAGGCUACGCGGUGCUGCAGCUGGAGAUCACCCGCAGCCACAAGGAGAACGAGGACCUGAAGAAGAAGCUGCACCUCAUCGAGUCCAUAGUGGUCCGCGGGAGCAGCGGAGGACAGGCGGCGGAACCGGGGGUCGCGCCUACCGCGGAGGUCGCGCAGCAGGCGACGACACCGCAGGAGCAGCAGAUGCGGGACAGCGGCGGCGGAGACGCGGCUGCCGCUCCCGUAGAAGAGGCAGCAGCUGCGGUGAAGCUACGAGAGGAGGUAAACAAACAGUGCGGUGUCAGUUUACAGACCGACAAUUAAUCCGACGACUUUAAUUCUAAGUAAACUGAUCGAUCAUUUGACUCUUUAUUGGUUUUAUAAUCAAUAAAUUAGGAGAUAGUCAUCGUUGUUGACGCUUUCAGGACUACAGAAGCCGCGUGCAGACAUCCAUCCAUACAGUUACUCGAUCUCCCUGAGAUAGUUUUAUGUCAGCUGUUUUUUCAGAGAUGGAAAAACUCAAACCCGAUACAAAAACGCCGAGCUACCACCUCAAAUGACUUUUAAUCACAUGUUUAGAAAUAAUUAAACUGCAUUUCGAAACAGUCAAUACUAUGGAGUCCCUUUGUGGGCAUUGGAUUUUAAAGUACUGCAUGGUCACGAGAUAAAUAUGAAAGCGAUUGUGACUCAUAUUUCAAAUUCAAAAGCAUUAGCAGAAAUGGUUUUUCAUUUCAAAGUCAUGGCUGCACUAUUUGAUUCAGAAAUAAAAAUAAAAAGCAAUUUUCCAAAAUGCAUUUUCAUUUUCUUCUUCAAGACUGCUCAUUCUGUGACCAAAUUAAAAAGAAAAGCUUAAGUCAGAAAUGCUUUUUCAUUCAUUCAUUCAAUGCUUUUGAGUUUUCAAAUUGAAUUUUGUUACCUUUUUGCUGGUGAAUAUUUUGAAAAUUAAAUGUUGAAUGUUUUUUGCUUUUGCUUUUUAAUUCGGUCACAAAAUGAGCAGUCUUGAAGAAAAUGAAAAUGCAUUUUGGAAAAUUGCUUUUUAUUUUUAUUUCUGAGUCAGAUAGUGCAGCCAUGACUUUGAAAUGAAAAAGCUUUUCGGCUAAUGCUUUAAUAGUCAUGCUAUGAUGGGCUGGAGGAGCUCAUCUACAUGUCAGUGUUGGUCAUUCUGAAUAAAAGAGGGUAGGAUCUCUUCAAAAUUUGAUAAAUUUGGUCAGUGCCACACACAGCAUUUGUGCUUUUCAGGAGUCUCAGUUUGGUUACUUUCUCUCUUUUAUACAGGAAUGUUGACACCUGUCAUCUCUCUCUUUCUCUCCAUGUUUCUGCUUUUACGGAAAAACGACAUUACUUCAUAAUUGGUUUUCAGGUCUUAAUCAAACGCUGUGGUUGCUGUUAUAUUAAAUCCCACAUGAUCUCGAGACUGAAUUUAAUUAUCUCCUUAUCUCUGCUAAAGAUUCUGCACAUGCUCAGUACACACCGCAGAUUCCUUUAUCCGAAAUAACCCUCUUUUUUUUUUUUUCAUCACUUUUAUCUCAGCCUCGUCACCUGGGGACCAUGUCUUGUUUUUGCUGAUAACAUGUUAAUUAUCGUCUUAUCUUGGAAAAACUCAAACGUCUGAGUUUUUCAGGCAAUUUGAAAAGAAGAUAGGAAGAUAAUGAGAUAAUGAGAUUAAAAACAAACUGUAACAGCGGCUGCUCUCAGGUUUCAGAGAUUAAACUCAAACACUGAUGUUUUUUACAUUUAAACACGGUUGAAGCUAGAGCUACAUCACCAGGGCUUGACACUAACUUUUUUCACAAGGACAAAAGAAAUAAAAAGUUGAAAAUGUUCGGAGCACACGAAUAACUUUAGGGGCACAAUGAAAUUUGAUCAAAUAAUAUGUGUUUUAUUAUUUAAGAACUACUAGCAGUGUUAGUAAAUCACACUGCUGAAGCUAGAGCAUAUCAAUAUCUUUUUUUUUACAUCACUUUAAAUAACUUAAAAUGAGUUAACCAAUCAGAAAUCAGGAAACAUCUCCUAAUUAUUUUGCUCAUUAUCUGUUGUAUAAAAAUGUCUCAAACUUAUUAUCGUAUCGCAUCAUCUGGCUGCUAAUUAAACUGGAGAGUUUUAGAGUAAGAGGCUGUUUGAAUGUUGCAGAAGAGCUCAUGUAUAUUUGAUUUUUUUCAGCUUCCUGACGUGGUGUUGAUCAAAGAUGAGGACUCUGACAGCAGUGAAACGUUUGAGGAAGGUAAGUGGAAACAGGCCCUUAAACACCACCUGUCAUGUCUUAUCUGGAGGUGACCACAGAGAGGUUGUAGCAACAUAUUCAUUCAACGUAGCAAGAAGCAAAGAGGUGGAGUUGAGGUAUUCAGCCUCCUUGCCAACAGUGUGUUUUUGUCUUUUUUUUUAGAUAACAAAACACCGACUGACGGAGGCACAGCUGCAGCCAGAGACAGCGUCACGUCAACUCCGAUCAGCCGCUGUAUGAAGAGAGUCUGGCCAGGAGGGGAAGAGGCUGAGAGGAAGCUGUCCUCCGAGCAGCUCACGCUGAAAGCACCUCCAGUGACAGCAGGGUCGCAGAAGAAGAGUGUCACCGUCUUCACUCUCGACUCUCCUCGCAGCGAGCCCGGCUGCUCCGUCCAGCUCAGUGGGAAUGAAAUGGACGCCGGAGAGUCGGUGUGUUCCUUCUCCUCACAGAUGGACCCGGACGUCCAGCUGGUCCACCAGGAGUGUUCGAUGGUCCCCCCGAGCACUAACAGACAAACUGUGUACUUUGGAAACAGCGCUCUGAUGGAGUCUCAGUCGCCGUCAAACAGAGCAGAACUGGACCUCAGCCUGACGUGGACCAAACAGUCCAAAGGUCAGAUGAGUUACACUCAGUUUCAUCAAAAUGAAAACAUGGACAGUGACGCUUUCGGGCUCAAACUGGUCAGCGUCUCAGGCUCCACGUCCACAGACUGCCAGCUGUCCGAGAGCAGCAACUCUGCGUUUGAGUACGACGAAGCCGACAUGAUGAACUACGGCCUCUACAGGGACCAGUCGGGGCGAUCUCAGACAAGCACCAGAGGAAAGCGCUUCAUGUGCUCCAUCUGCAGCAGGACCUACGCCACAUCCCAGAACCUGGAGGUUCACAUGCGGAUCCACACGGGAGAGAGACCGUUCAGCUGCACUCAGUGCGGGAAGAAGUUCACCCAGUCGGCUCACCUGAAGUCGCACCAGAGCGUCCACACCGGAGAGCGGCCGUACAUCUGCCCACACUGCUCCAGGAGCUUCAUCGUCAAGUACAGCCUCAAGUUACACAUGAAGAAAUGCCACCUGAGCGUCUGAGUGACUGAACAUCUAACGGUUUUUAUGAUCCGCUCUGUGAAUAUUCCGCUUUUUAUACGAGGAAACGUUUACGAAAUAAGUCCAGCUCUGAAAUUUCUAAAAGGUGAAGAAGAAGAAAUAUUUGGUUUAAAGCUUUAAAAAUAUCUGAAGAGUCAUUUUACUUUCCCUUUUGUCAGUUUGUUUAUCAACACUUCAUCUAUCAAUCGGUUUAAUUAGAGAGGAUAGCAGCCUGCUGAGCGUGGUCAUCGGCCUGAAUGCUGCAGAAAUAAAGAAUAAAAUGGGCAGUUUGGAUUUUAAGAUGAUAAUGUUGAAAUACAGAAACAUUUGGAGCCACAACAUUAUAUUUAUGAAACACAGAAGAGUAUGAGGUGGGGAUUAAAACAGUUCUUUAAAUUAUCAAAUUUUAUUUAUGUAACGGUAUUUCACAACAGUCAUCAUCCUAAGAUGCUUUCCAAAGAUAAAGAGCAGGUGUAGACCACGCUCAUUGUUUGAUGAAUUAUCAAGACCCAACCUAAGAUAGGACAGAUCAUCUAACAUGAGUAGAGGUCCUUACAAACCGGGGCCAACGCGAAUAUAGAACGCGAAAUUAAAAAAUAUUCUGAGGUGAAUUUUGACGGGCCUGACUUAACACAUCAAGCCCAAUGCGAUUUUACUACUUCCCGUGGGAGACUUUGCCUCCUUUGCCUCUGAUUGGCUAGAAAAGCUGGAAACGUCAUCACACGCUUAAGCUAAACGGUCAGCACUUAAACGGUCAGCACUUCAGAGGCAAACUGUUAAAGCACACAAACCAUCGUCAUAUGAGAAAUCUGACGCUAUGACUCUCCACAAGUUGUCCUUCAGGUCGUUAUCUUUGUAAUAUUUGUGUCUUUUAUCAAAAAUCACUUUGUUCUGACACGUUAACAAUCAGCCGGUCGGCUGUGUUGGAGAUACCGGUGAAUCUGAUGUCGCAACAACACGCAAUCUGAUUGGUCAGGAGUGGAUACACAGUAUGCGAAACUUUAGAAAAAUCGACUGUAAUACGAAAAAAUAAAUGCCGCAAUAUCGCAGGACGGGAAAACGUUGCUGAUGUGAACACUUUUGACGUCUGAAAUAAUCGCAUGACAAAAACGGUCCUGGUGUGUAAGGACCUUAACAGUGGUGAGGAAAAACUUCCCUUUAACAGGCAGAAACCUUGAGGAGGACCAGAAAAUUUGCCUUUAAAUUUUUUUAGAGGAGAAAUUUGAGAAAUAAAGAGGUGUGUCUUAAUCCGACCUUAGUACUAUUAUUUGAAAUAAUAAAAAAAAAAAAUCAACUGGUAAUUUACUGAUGGUCCCUUAUUCAACACCUGAUGUUGACAGCGAGGAUGCCGAGUAGAUUUAACCGCGCUGCUGUUGUUAUUCCUGGUUAUGGAGAGUGAGAAGACACCGGUAGAGCCGCAGUGAAUGUCCGUCAAAUAUCCUAAAACUAACUUCCAAGACCCAGUCUAAGAUGGGACAGAUUUAACCCAUCUCAGCUCUUAUAGAGAAGGAUUCACUGACUGGUUGAUGAUAAAUAAAUGCUAAAGGUUGUUUUAAUCAAAAUUAAAUCACUAAACUUGUUUUUUAAUGCUCUUUAAAACUAAACAUCUUUGAGUUUUGUUGUGGUGACCUCUUCAAACAAGACUCAGUCAACUUUGAACCAGAAAAUUGAGGGUGUACCAAAGUUUGAGCAGCUGAUUUUGAGGUGAACCCUAACGUUUGAUGAUGUCUGUCUCUGCUGUUUUAGUUUUCAGUGUUCAGAAAAACGAACAUUUCAUCAAACCUGUGUAAAAAUUCAACACCCAGUUUGAGUCGCAUACAGUUUGUGUGUUUUUCCUUGUGAAUAAAACUUUUUAUUUUGAAAAUGGUUUUGUUUCCUUUGUUGAGACAGGUUUAUAUUUGAUUUAUUGCAAUUAAUUUGUUUUCAUCCAAAAGGAAAACAGUUCAGCGCUUAAGUGGAGAGCAGCUUUGGCAGCAACUUUAUUCAAGAAGGAAAAUAAAGGUCUUUUUUGUGUUAACCUCUGUUUGUUUUGUAUGUUUUGGUGUCAUUCUAACUGACAGGUUUCAGGUCCCAAUUACUGUUAUAUAGCCAGUGUGUUAUCAGUACAACAGUCAGAAAUGUGACCACUGUAUCAUGUUGAUUUUUUGCCAAACCAUUUUACUUACACUAAACUUUGAAAUUACAUCUGAAUUAUUUUGAAAUAUGGUUUGUGGGAGUUUUCAGCAGACAUUACAUCCAAAUUAUUUUAACCAAAAUGACUAAGUGGCUCAAAAUACUACAGAAUGAUGCCAUUCAGCAAAAGAGACAAAAAAGUUCAGGCUUGAUUUUAAGGUUAUUUUUUAUCAGUUUUUAGAUGUAUUAAUGGUCUUGGCCCAUCUUAUUUAUCUGACUUACUUUUAUCAUAUCAACCCUCGCGGACCCUGAGGUCCUCCGGCACAGGCCUUUUAACCUUUUAACCCAAAGUCAAAACAGACACACGGGGAGGGAGGCGGCGUUCAGUUUUUAUGGUCUCCGGUUGUGGAACAACCUACCGGAGAGCCUCAGGGUCGCAGAGACUGUUGAGGCUCAGACUCCCCUUUUUAACCAGGCUUUUCAUUAACUGCCUUUUUAUAUUUCUCUUAUUGCAAAUGUUUGUUUUAAUCAAAGUUCUUAUUGUUCAUUUUAUGUCAUUUUAUUAAUUAUCUCUG